AUGUUUGCAAACAAGCGCCUAAGAAAGAUGCAAACAUCCCUCCCACCCGGAAUAUCGAUAGUACACGCAGACAAUUUUAAUGAAUGGCAAAUGGACAUUUGUGUGUUGGACUCCAACCCUCUGUACCAAAACCAAACAUACCGCCUCCGGUUCCUCUUCAGCAAGAGCUACCCCAUAGGUUUGUCUCCCGACUCAGAGUCGCAAGACAACGAACGCUUGUUGACCAUGUGUGACAUUCCAGAGGCCCCAGAGGUCGUAUUUAUUUCCCUCCCGCCGUCCUCUCCCACGCCCCGCACUAUCCCCAUACACCCUCACAUUUACAGCAACGGACUGAUAUGCCUUGAUCUCCUUGGCUCAGCAGGCUGGACACCUGUUCAGACUGUGGAGAGCGUCUGCAUGAGCAUCCAGAGCAUGCUCACAGGCAAUACAAAGAAUGAACGACCGCCGGACGAUGCAUCCUUUCCCCCUGGAAGACCCCCACGGCCCAGAGAACUGAAUUUUCACUAUCAUGAUAAUGACGUUUGA